AGCUAAAUAUGACGCAGAAGAUCGUGAUCGCGGUGCAGAUGGCGAGCAGCAGGUGCCGGUCCAAGGCGCUGGCGCUGGUGGCGGCCACGCCCGGAGUGGAUUCGGCGGCGCUGGCGGGAGAUAGGAAGGACCAGCUGGUGGUCGUCGGCCACGGCGUCGACUCCGUCAACCUCACCAGCGCGCUGCGUAGGAAGGUCGGCCACGCGCAGCUGCUGCAGGUCGUCGAUGUCAAGAAGGAGGACGGGAAGAAGCCGCCGGCCGCCGUGGUCGAAUGCUACGCGCACUCCGGGUACUCCUACCCGUACGGCUACUACUACCCAUCGCAACCGGCGGCGGUGAACGUCUUCUACGAGCUGCAGCACUACCCUGCUGUUGCCGCCGUCGAGGCGUACGGGUACCCGUGCUCGCGGCCCGAGCCGGGCACCUGUUCGGUAAUGUAG